UUGCGCACUUCAAUUUGAGCGUUUAUGACAAUAUGGCGGAAGGAGAGGAACCGGAGAAGAAAAGAAGGAGAAUAGAGGAGCUGAAUGAGAAAAUGGUUGUGGAUGGAGGAAGUGGAGAUCGCAGUGAGUGGCAGGGAAGAUGGGACCAUGUCAGAAAGUUCCUAGAGAGAACGGGACCCUUCACUCAUCCAGAUUUUGAAGCCAGCACUGAGUCUCUCCAGUUUUUAUUGGACACAUGCAAGAUUCUGGUUAUUGGAGCCGGUGGACUUGGAUGUGAGCUGCUCAAAGAUCUGGCUUUGUCGGGUUUUCGACAUAUUCAUGUAGUGGACAUGGACACCAUUGACAUUUCUAACCUCAACAGACAGUUCCUCUUCAGGCCAAAAGAUGUGGGUCGACCAAAGGCAGAUGUUGCAGCAGACUUUGUAAACGACAGGGUCCCAGGAUGCAGUGUUGUCCCACAUUUUAAGAAAAUCCAGGACUUGGAUGAGACAUUUUACAGACAAUUCCACAUAGUCGUCUGUGGCCUGGACUCUGUUAUCGCCAGAAGAUGGAUGAACGGCAUGCUCCUCUCCCUGCUGAUUUAUGAAGAUGGAGUCCUGGAUCCCAGCUCUAUUAUUCCACUUAUAGAUGGUGGCACAGAGGGCUUCAAGGGCAAUGCCCGGGUCAUUCUUCCAGGAAUGACAGCCUGCAUUGAUUGCACUCUGGAGCUCUACCCCCCACAGAUCAACUUUCCGAUGUGCACUAUAGCCUCUAUGCCACGGUUACCCGAACAUUGCGUUGAAUACGUACGCAUGCUGCUGUGGCCCAAAGAAAAGCCCUUUGGAGAUGGUGUGGUACUAGAUGGAGAUGACCCGAAGCACAUCCAGUGGGUGUAUCAGAAAUCUUUGGAGAGAGCAGCGGAGUUCAACAUCACUGGGGUCAAUUACAGACUCACCCAGGGGGUCGUGAAGCGAAUAAUUCCUGCUGUGGCUUCUACAAAUGCUGUCAUUGCUGCUGCUUGUGCCACAGAGGUUUUCAAAAUUGCCACAAGCGCUUAUGUUCCCUUGAACAACUACCUGGUGUUUAAUGAUGUCGACGGGCUUUACACGUACACCUUUGAAGCAGAGAGAAAGGAGAACUGUUCUGCGUGCAGUCAGGUGCCACAGGACAUGCAGUUCACACAGUCAGCUAAACUACAGGAGGUUCUGGACUACCUGACUGAGAACGCCUCUCUCCAAAUGAAGUCUCCUGCAAUCACUACAACUUUGGAUGGAAAAAACAAAACUCUGUAUUUACAGACGGUAGCAUCUAUUGAAGAAAGAACACGACCUAAUCUGAGCAAAACACUGAAAGAACUUGGACUGGUGGAUGGUCAAGAGCUGGCUGUGGCUGAUGUCACCACUCCCCAAACCGUGCUCUUCAAGCUCAAGUUCAUCUCAUAGGACAAAUGCUUCAUAUGGACAUUUUAGAUGCGGUUAAACUGCAGUCGUCUUCGAAAUGAAGCAUUCUUGGAAAUGUAGUCUGUAAACUCCCUGUUUCAGAGCAUCAGCAGUGGCAUCACGUGCACAUGCUCCGCUGGAAUAGUUAGCUUAUUUUGGGUCAACUUUGUCCAUCAGAGACACUUACAGAGGGCGUAUGUUUCUUUGUCUUGCACUGCUAUAGUCAUAGGAGGCAUUUUGACGGAUUUCCUUUUUAUGCAAACUGUUUAUCUAUUUAUUAUUUUGUGCAUUCAAACCAAUCACAGUAUGUUGUUUAAUGUCUUGUUGAAAGAAAAGAAAAGAAGAACUGUUCAUGUUUUGAAUUAAAAUUGGAAACCUUAUUUUAAAUUAA